UGGCGCGGGCUGCAGGCAUGGCCCUCUUCCACGUUGCGCGGUACGCGGGGCCCGAGGCGGCCGAAGCGGCCGGGGCGGAGGCGGAGGCGGAGGCGGACGGCCGGGCCCGCGCGCUGCUGGAGCGGCUGCAGUGCCGGGCCCGAGAGCGGCAGCGACAGCAGCAGUCGCGGCAGCAGGAGCCCGAGGAGGCCGCGCAGACCGAGGGCGCGGCGGGGAAGCGGCGGCGGCGGCGGCCGCGGAGGUGCAAGGGCGGCGGGGCGCCCGGGAGCCCGCAGGCCCCGCGCAGCAAGCGGCGGAAAGAGGACGGCGAGGAGGCCGGCGCAGAGAGCAGCGAGGAGGCGCCGCGGGAGAGCAGCGUGGACGCCGAGGCCGCGGGGCCGCCCGAGACCCCAGGAGAACAGCCCCCCGACGAGGCCGGUGGACCCCCAGCCCACGCUGUGCUGCUCGGGGGCUUCGGGAGGAGCAGGGCGCCAAAGGUUCAGCCUUUCCUGCCCACGUGGCUGGCCGAGCCGAGCUGUGUCGGGAAGAAUGUCACUGAAGACCUGGUGCCUAUCGAGGACAUCCCGGAAGUCCACCCUGACCUGCAGAGGAAGCUGCGUGCCCAUGGCAUCUCGUCCUACUUCCCAGUCCAGGCGGCGGUCAUUCCUGCUCUCCUGGAGAGUGCGGCCCAAGGGUUCCUCGUGGGCAGAGGCGGCUACCGGCCCAGGGACCUCUGUGUUUCUGCCCCGACGGGCAGCGGGAAGACCCUGGCCUUCGUCAUCCCCGUGGUGCAGGCCCUGCUGCAGCGAGCUGUGUGCCAGGUGCGCGCCCUGGUUGUGUUGCCCACCAAGGAGCUGGCCCAGCAGGUGAGCAAAGUGUUCAACGUCUACACGGACGCCACGCCUCUGCGCGUCGCCCUGGUCACCGGGCAGAAGUCGCUGGCCAAGGAGCAGGAGAGCCUCGUCCAGGAGACGAUGGACGGCUUCCGCUGCCUGGCUGACAUCGUGGUGGCCACUCCCGGCCGCCUGGUGGACCACAUCGACCAGACCCCGGGGUUCAGCCUGCAGCACCUCCGCUUCCUGGUCAUCGACGAGGCCGACCGGAUGAUAGACAGCAUGCACCAGUCCUGGCUCCCCCGGGUGGUGGCGGCCGCCUUCCCUGGGGAGGGUGCCAAGGACCCCUUCGCUCUGCUCCAGAGGCGGCAGCCCCAGGUCGUGACCGCUGCCAGCACCUGCCGCCCUCAGAUGCCUCUGCAGAAGCUGCUCUUCUCGGCCACGCUGACCCAGAACCCCGAGAAGCUGCAGCAGCUGGGCCUGCACCAGCCCUGGCUCUUCUCCACGCGGCCGGCGCGCGGGGGUCCCGGAGGCACCGACGUGGACACGGACUCGGGUGGGAAGUACACCUUCCCUGCGGGGCUCUCGCACCACUACGUGCCCUGCCGCCUGCGCUCCAAGCCGCUGGUGGUCCUGCACCUGAUCCUGCACCUGGGCUUCUCCAGGAUCCUCUGCUUCACCAACUCCCGGGAGAACUCGCACAGGCUCUUCUUGCUCGUCCAGGCUUUCGGUGGUGUGACGGUGGCCGAGUUCUCCUCCCGCUACGGGCCCGGCCAGAGGAAGGGGAUCUUGAAGCAGUUUGAGCAGGGCAAGAUUCAGCUCCUCAUCAGCACAGACGCCACUGCCCGCGGCAUCGACGUGCAGGGGGUGCAGCUGGUGGUGAACUACGAUGCCCCCCAGUACCUGCGGACCUACGUGCACCGGGUGGGAAGAACGGCUCGUGCUGGGAAGACCGGACAAGCCUUCACGCUGCUCCUCAAAGUGCAGGAGAGGAGGUUCCUCCGGAUGCUGACUGAAGCCGGGGUACCCGAGCUGGAGCGGCACGACACCCCUAGCGAGCUGCUGCAGCCGCUGGUCCCGCGGUACGAGGAGGCCCUGUCCCAGCUGGAGAGGGCCGUCAAGGAAGAAUGGAGGCAGAAGGCGGCCUAGGCCGGGCUCUGAGGACGAUGGGACCGAGCCUGGGCGGACAGGCCUCCUGGAGAAGUCCCAGCGCGCUGCCUGCUCAGCCCACGCCCGGCGAGGCCCUCCGUCACGGCGCCGUGGCCUGAGACGGCCGAGCACACAGUCAGCCUCUGACCGGUUGCUCCUGCUUCUCUGGGGCUGGAGUGGAGGGUUCAGACGGGCCCAGACCGACAGGCGGCCUCCGUCCUGCUGGCAGCGGGUUUGGACUUCAGCUUGUCUGGCACCUCCGUGUGCUCCCAUCUUGCGGUGGGGACGGGCCCCCCCCCCCACGCCCCGUGCAGAGUAACAAGCACCAGAGGCUCUUGUGACUGAAAGCCGGCUGCAGAGCACUGACCCACUGCUUGUAAGGUUUCCCCCAAAUUCACAUGCUAAUGUGAAGAUAAACUGUAAAGAAGGGACAUGCUAGUUUUAUCUCUGCACCAAAGUCCAUGAUUCACUCGAGCAGAACAACUGGUCACAGGCUCCCGGGUAGACCGUCCGAGUCCCAGCGCUUUGUGCUGAGCCAGCGUGCUUACCCCUCAGUCCAGCCCACACCACGCUUGGCACGCAAGGCCCAGGGCCGGGACGGAUGGAGCCGCCAAGCGUGGUGAGCCAGCUUGCUCGUGCUCUGGCAUCUGGAACGCAGGACUCCUGCAGCCAUCACGCCGCCUCCCUCAGUCAGGCUUGGCGGGGGCCUUGAACCUGGUGGUGGGGGCCUGCGUCUGAGUUUUAGGCUGCUGGCUUGGGCCUGCCCGGAACCCAGUGUGUGGGGAGGUGGUCACGGCCUGCUGCUGCGCUGCCUCCUGUGGGGCCGCAGGAAUCACCUGGACCUGAAUGCGGGGGACCUCUUGCAGGACGACACUGCUCUCAAGGUCUGAGGAAGGCUUUCCUCUGAUUUCAUGAACAUUCUUAUUCAUGAACAGUUUUGGCUUUGCCUUUGUAACCAAAAGGCCUAUUCAAGUGACUUCCCCCAGACAAAAAAAAAAAUGCACCCUAAUACCAACUUAAGAAGUGCCGGCAGCCCUAGCCGGUUUGGCUCAGUGGAUAGAGCGUCGACCUGUGGACUGAAGGGCUCUGGGUUCGAUUCUGAUCAGGGCACAUGCCUGGAUUGUGGGCUCGAUCCCCAGUAGGGGGCGUGCAGGAGACAGUCAAUCCAUGAUUCUCAUCAUUGAUGUUUCUAUCUCUCCCCCUUCUCACAAAUCAAUGAAAACAUAUUGUAAAAAAGUGCCAUGAGUGCGAGACCUGUGGCUGGUUCUGAGUCCUCCGCUGCGCCAAGGGGGUCGCAGCCCAGGCCUGCGUUUCCUGUCCCUCCCUCAGCGCCACCUGGCACCCGCCACCUGCUGGGAGCCUCACCGAGCCCUUUGCCAAGUGCCUGAAAGAGACAACCAGCAUCUUCCACCACUUUCCUAUGAGAUGAGGCGAGAGCAUAUGAAAAAGUCGUUUAUUAUGCCUUUCGUGUGGUGGGACAUCAGUGCUUUUCAAAACCCUACUGUUCAAGUACAAAUGAUUAUGUUUACAAAGUA